AGGAUAGGGGCAGGCAAGUAAUAGAAACAUUCUCACUGCUCUUUCAAGGUGGAUAUAUAAUAAAACGGUAACAAAUGUAGUUUGCCAAAUUGGGGAAAAAUCCAAAAAUAUUCAAAAACCCUAGACUGUCCUCAACUAGUAUUUAUAACACCCACGAGGCCCCCUCCGGACCAGUACACCGGAUCACCCUCUGCCUCUCUCUGCAUUGUGUACUUUUGUCCCUAAGAAUAUAGAAAAAAAAAAUUCCAUGAUUGUCUCAGCCACCACCUCCUUUCUCUAUUCCUAAAUUUUGAUUGUGUGCCUGUAUAAGAGAGAGAGAGAGAGAGAUGAGGGGGAGAUCAUUAUCUAAGCAAGAAACAAGAGAAGGCAAGCUUAAAGAGGAGCCUCAUCUCUCUGGUGCUUACAUCCGUUGCCUCGUCAAGCAGUUAACUUCCUCAAGAACCAAGGACCCCAUGAAUCCCAAAGACCGUGGCUGCGUUGGUGAUACUGGUUUUUCCUGCCAAAAUAUGACCAAGUCAGGUGAAGAAACCCAGCAACCCCAGCAGCACAAAAAACAAGUUAGGAGAAGACUCCAUACCACUAAGCCUUACCAACAAAGGCUUCUUAAUAUGGCUGAAGCUAGACGAGAGAUUGUUGCUGCUCUUAAGUUCCAUAGGGCAUCCAUGAAACAAGCCAAAGAACAGCAGCAGCAGCAAGACCACCGCCAGCAACCAUCUCCUCCGGUGCAGCUCUCCGCCCAACCAUGCCUUGAACAAGAGGGAAAGAUUAAAUCUAGAAGGAAUCCUAGAAUAUAUCCAUCAAAUACCGCCAAUUUCUCUAAUUAUUUAGAUACCCUUUCCUGCACUUCUAAUUUCUCUCAUGCACCACCUCCUUCAUAUCCUUUUUGCUGGUCUACUUCUCCAAAUCUUCCUUCAACUUUCAUUGAUGAACAUCUCAAUUUCCCCCUUCCAAAUCAAACCCUGGGCUUAAAUCUCAAUUUUCAAGAUUUUAACGACUUAGACACCACUCUUUAUCAAAGCAGCAACAACCCAUCAUUAGUUUACUCAUCCUCAUCACCAUCAUCGUUCUCUUCACCUUCUCCUUCACUUUCCAUUAUCACUCAGGAAAUUCCUUCAGUUGGAAAAUCACAAGAAGGGCUGCCUCCUGCCGUGUCUGACUCAACUGAAACUUAUGGCGGAGGAGGACUGCACCAAGUGAUGGAUGAUGAAGAGAUGGCAGAGAUCAGAUCAAUCGGAGAACAACAUCAGAUGGAAUGGAAUGAUACCAUGAACUGGGUCACAUCAGCAUGGUGGUUCAAGUUCUUGAAGACCAUGGAACCUAAUCAAGAAGUGAAGACAGAGGAUGAUAAUUACCAUCCAUUCGAUCAAGUGAUUGAAUUCCCUGCCUGGUUGGAUUCAAAUGAUGAAUGUUUACAGCAACAGUUUGAUGAUUACUGCAUCCAAGACUAUUAACAUGAUCCUGCCCUGCCUUGCAUGGACAUUGGAGAUAUUGAAGGCAUAGAUGGAGAAUGGCUAGCUUGACAAGGAUUGAUUGUUUUUUGUUAAUCAAAUCUUUGGCUAUUUUUGUUCUCUUUGAUCUCCCAUUAAUCCUUUUCAACUCAGUCUUUUAGAUGUUUUUCUUUAUCUAAUAAGGCCUGCAAUUAUUUUGAUGUUGAAACAACAGGCCAUCCUCAAAUCAGAAAUAAUGAAACCAAGGAGUUUUUGCUAUUGUGGGAAAAGUGGCAACUCCCUUUUUUAUUGAUCCUUCACUGUAAAUC